UGAGAUAAAAGGUUUGCUGCGUUUGUCCAGGUGAUAGUUUAAAAUUCAGUGAGAUUUAGAUAAAGGACAAGAACUUGAAGAUGCCACCAGCCUGCACUCCCAUACAUCCAGGUAUUAGAAGGACCAUGUUGUGUAUUCUCCUUUUAUCAGGGAUGUGCUCAUGCCUUCAUAAUUACUAUUUAAUUGAUGAACCAAAGACUUGGCUUGAAGCCAGACAGUACUGCAAAGAAAAUUACACAGACCUGGCCACCAUAGACAACAUGGAGGAUAUGGAGCGGCUGAUCUCAGCUGCAGGCAGUGGUUAUGAAGGGAAAGUGUGGAUAGGCUUGACUGACAAACCCUUUAGCUGGGGCUGGUCUCUGUCAGAGUCUGGCUUCUACGGACAGGGAGAGAAAAACUUUAGAAAGUGGAACAAUGGCGAACCAGAUAACAUGAAAAAACAAAAAUGGUUGUGCACUGUUCUCAAGAACAGUGUCUGGAAUGAUUGUUUCUGUGAAGAUGUUUUCACCUUUGUCUGCUAUGACAAAAAUGGUUCUGGCUCGGAAUCUACUUCCAGUGGAAAAUACAUCUAUAUAAACAAAGUGUACAAUUGGUGGGAUGCUCGGCAAUACUGCAGGAAUCAUCACACAGACCUGGCCAGUGUGAGGAACGAAACUGAGAAUAUGAGGAUCCAGGAAGUGGUACCAAGAGACAAGUACGUUUUUAUCGGCCUGCACCGCAUUGUCUGGUAUUGGUGGUCAGAUAAAACUAAACCCAAUUUUGAAAACUGGGCAGAUGGACACCCGGUGAGUCCAACUGACACAUGUGCUACCAGUGUGAUUAAUGCUAUUCACCAUGGAAAGUGGGUGGAAAACCACUGUGACGAAAAAUUACAUUUCAUCUGCCACAACAUACCAGAUAAGACACAGGUGUUAAAAGUUAAGCUGACAGCACUGAAAACCACAAUCGACCUGAAUAACCCUGCUGUGACGGAGGCUAUCUUGAAUCAGGUGGAGGAGAGUCUGAAAGAGAAGGGGAUUAAAAAAGAUUUAAAGAUUUCCUGGAUAAAGAAUAAGGACAAUAAAAUCUUCCAAGAAGAGGAGAAUACGCCCGGUUAGCUACAGCGGCCAUGGUUCCAAUCCUACCUGCGGUCCUUUGCUGUGUGUCAUCCCCUCUUUCUCUAACCCCCUUUCCUGUCGAUCUCCAGCUGUCUCUAUCAAAUCAGAUGUAAUGAAACAGGCCUUUAAUGUAGUUUGCUUCUGCUUUAGCUAUUUAUGCAGCACUGGGUUGAAACCAUCUUAGAAAAUAGGUGUGUGUGUGUUAACUGCCAUUAUCAUAGACAGAAGAAGGCUGAAUAUGAAGUUUUUGUGUACACAUUAUGUGACAUAUGUGAUAAAUAGUAGGUCUGUGUUUGCUGUUAUUUAAUAUUAUCUGUGUUAUGAUACUGUUUGAAUUGUGUAUGAAUUCCAUCACCUUUGUCUCUUAUUGAAGGGAACUGAAGUGGAUUUCCAUUGUUUGUUGUUAUUUAAUAUUAUCUGUGUUAGAAGUGAAUUUUCAGCCUUAUAUAUUGUAUAUUUUACAUGCUAUACAACAUGGUUGUUUUAGGUUAAAAUGUGGUUGACUUGUAUCUGUCCUUUCUGUACACACACCUCUAAUCAUUGAUUUGUUUUUAUUUCGCAAUUAGACAUUUAGUUUAUGAGUUACUGUGCUGUGUGA